CUGGUAGUGCAUUCCAGGCAUUAACAACUCUGGAACUGUUUUAAUAAUAUUAUUACUUUAACUCUGUUAUUAAUAGUAACUCUGUUACUCUUAAUAAUAAUACUAUUAAUCUUCUCAUCGUUCCUAUCACCCAUCUCCUCCCACUUAUGACUGCAUGACUGUAACUUUGUUGUUUGUAUCCUUACGAUUUAUAUUGAUAUUGAUUAUUUCCUGAUUGCUUAUUUGUUCCCUAUGACUAUCAUUAAGUGUUGUACCUUAUGAUUCUUGAUGAAGGUAUCUUUUCUUUUAUGUACACUGAGAGCCUAUGCACCAAAGACAAAUUCCUUGUGUAUCCAAUCGCACUUGGCCAAUAAAAAAAAUCCAUUCUAAAAAGAAAAAGAAAAGCAGGACACCCUCUACCAUUCCAGACAAGUGGCUGUCCAGUCUUUUCUUGAAAACCUCCAGUGACGAAGCACCCACAACUUCUGGUGGCAAGCUGUUCCACUGGUUAAUUGUCCUCGCUGUUAGGAAGUUUCUCCUUAAUUCCAGGUUGCUUCUCUCCUUGAUUAGUUUCAUUAGUCUGGCCUUCAGGUGUUUUGGAGCAGGGGUCUCCAACCUGGGCAACUUUAAGCCUGGUGGACUUCAACUCCCAGAAAGCCCCAGCCAGCCUUGCUGGGAGUUGAAGUCCUCCAGGCUUAAAGUUGCCCAGGUUGGAGACCCCUGCUUUGGAGAAUAGGAAUAUAUAUAUCACACAUUGCUCCCAGAAGCACGAAGCUGAAGCCUGAAGAUGACGAAUGAGACUUCGUCGAAACGUCGCCAAGACACUUCCAAUUUUACACGGGAGAAAACCCGAACAACCAAAGACCUAUAUACAAACACCCGUGAAAACCUCAGAAAAUAUAUAUCUUGCCCUGCAGAAUCUUGCCCUGCAGCAUUGGAGCCUGAGAUCUGAAGGUGCCCUCCUCGCUUUGCCAGAGCCGAGGCUGCAGCGGGGGGUUGUGGGGGUCUCCCUAGAGAGACCCCUGACCCACACGGACAGCUGCAGGCUCUGCGGCAAAGCUCGCAAAGCAAGGAAUUUGCAGCCUUUCGACGGGCCUUUCCAGCUGCCUCCCGGCUGCGAUGCUGCUCUGAUUGGGUGGUGGUGAUGGGGGAGAAAGAGAGAUGCAGGGGGCCAGCUGUGUGUGUGUUGUGUGCGAGUGUGUUUGUGUGCACGGGGAGGGUGAGCGUGCGGCUUAGUUAAGCCUAAUGUGGUUAAAAGCUUUAAUAUUGAUGGCCUGUCAACUUUGUCCCGAUUCUUUGCCUUUCAGUUAAAAGGUUUUUGUUGUUGUAGCUUAUGCAGUGGCUCCGUUGCUAUGGAAACAUGACAUCGAAAUGACGUCCCUCCGUUUAAAAGCUUUUAGCUAAAUUCCAGCCUGUCAGAUGUAGGCCCCAUCUUGUGCUGCCAACCGCGGCUUGUGCUGCCCGGCUGCGAAGGAGAGCCUCCGCCGUCCCGGCAGCUGCCAUGGCUUCAGCUCCGGUCCCUGGUUGCCUGCUGUCGGUCCAGAGCGAGAAGCACCGACGGGCGCGUAACUGGACCGAAGCCGAGAUGCGAGGCCUGAUGCUGGUUUGGGAGGAAUUCUUCGAGGAGCUCAAACAGACCAAGAGGAACGCCAAAGUUUACGAGAAAAUGGCCAACAAACUCUUCGAAAUGACGGGAGAAAUCCGGCACGGGGAAGAGAUCAAGAUUAAGAUCACCAACAUGACCUUCCAAUACAGGAAAUUAAAGUGCAUGACCGAUAGUGAAACCUUGGCGCCCGAUUGGCCUUAUUUCAAAACCAUUGAUAGAAUAUUAUCUAAAGUCCCGGAACACAACGACGUGAAAAUUCACGAUAGCCAGCAACCGGGGCCUUCCACCUCACAGACCGAAGCCUCACAAUCGCCAUCCACCAAAUCGGCGCCUCUUUAUUUACCAUACAAUCAGUUCCCGUACGAAGGACGAGAAGAAUUCUUCGAAGAUGCGCCUUCAGAGAGUUCCUCCAGUCUAAUUUCGUAUAAAUUAAGAACAGAAGAGCGACCGGUGAAGAAACGAAAAGUGCAAAGCUGUAGUUUUCAAAAGAAGAAGUUGAAGCUAAUGGAAGCCAUGCUGGAAGAGCAGAAGAAGUUGAGCAGAGCUAUGGAGGAAACAUGUCGGGAAGUGCGAAGGACUCUGGACCAGCAGAACAUUAUCCAAGUCCAGAGUCUGCAGCUGCAGGAAAGAAUGAUGAAUUUACUGGAGAAGAUGAUCACCAAGGCCAAUGUUUAAAUUUCUGCCUGGGGAGGGGACAAAACCAACCAACGAACAAAAAGGAAGCAAACUUAACCUGUUUUGAUAGAAAUGGCUUAUUUCAUAUCCCUAGGAUAGCUUCCUCCUUCCAGUUCACCGAAAUUCAAAUCCGACCCUGAUCUCCAUGAAUCUCCUUUCAUGAAAAAAAAAUAUAUCCACAUUUGCGACCUGUUUGGUUUUUCCGCUCGGGAAAAAGCGCCGAUUGUAGCGGUGCCGAAGGGGAGAGAAAAAAACUUAAAGCAAAGCCACCUCCAGAUUGCUUACAGGAACCCAAACGUGCUGCAGUUCAAGCCUUCGUUUGGUCCAAGACCGCGGAGAAGAAAGAGGAGCAAAGCAACAUCGGGGACGAGGCUCUGAGGAGGCUGCAGUGAACGGGAGGCAGGAAAACGAGAAGACAAGAGAUGGGGACGGUCCCUGCAGGAGAAGCAGGAGGUCUCGAGAAAUUCUCCACCCGAAAAAAGAUCCAGGAACGAAUGGCUAACCAGGCUGGCUGGAUUCCUCUCUAAAGAUGUUUCUCCUCAUCCCCUUCCUACUCUCUCAUUUGAGGCUCCAGGAUCUCCCAAUACACUGAAUGAUCACUUACGAUGGCAAGAAAAAUAAUAAUAAUAAUAGGAAAAUCCUGAAAGAACUCUUGUACUUGCAGAUACCAUAGACUGGGGUGGGUGGGGGGAAAUACGCGGGAAGGAUUGUACGCCACAAAUUUAUAUAUUCUGUUCCACUCCACAAAGCAUAAUUCUUUCCCCUACAGCGUAUGUGCUAAAAUAGGGCUAGUUUUAAAAGACACUUAAGAGCGAGAGAGAAUGUUAUUUAUAUUUUAAAUAUAACGCGGAGGCCCAGCGAUCCUAUUCCAAAGUUUAUGCAUUUUCUUUCUAGUUCCUUAUUCCAAUUUCAGGAAAGAAAAGAAAAAAGAAUAUUCCGGAUCAUAUCAGAACCAGCGACAACCAUGAGCGAAACGGAUAUUAAAUCUUCAGCUUUUAUGCUGAAUGCUAUAAAUCCUAGAGUCUGAUUUUAUAGUCAAAUUCAGGCCAAGCAAAAAGGGUUUUGAAUUGAAUUCGGAAUGCUGGCGCCAAAUUGAUGUGAUUGCGGAAGUAUCAAAAGAAACUCGAUUGUUGAGGAUGGAAUAUGGUGACAUACUUACUACUCUGUCCGCUCGGGGCUGGGAGAGUUUGAAUUGAAAGCCAAGCUCAUGAUGGAAGAAGAAAGAGGAGAAGACGACGAGAAGGUUUCUAUAGAGAGGGCAUCAUUAAGUAAACAUAGCGAAGAGAAGCUAAGUAGAAACCCUUCCGGUAAAAGAAUGGGGGUCAUGGAGAUGAAUGGACGGAUGGAUGAUGUGCAUGGAUGGAUGGAUGGAUGGACAAACUGAUGGACGGAUGGACGGACGGAUGGAUGAAUGGAUCUAUUGAUGGAUGGAUGGAUGGAUGAAAAGAUGAAUGGAUUGAUUGAUUGAUCGAUGGAUGGAUAGAUGGAUGGAUGGACAAACAGAUGGAUGGAUGAAAAGAUGAAUGGAUCAAUGGAUGGAUGGAUGGAUGGAUGGAUGAAAAGAUGAAUGGAUCAAUUGAUCGAUGGAUGGAUGGAUGGAUGGAUGGAUGGAUGGAUGGAUGGAUGGAUGGAUGGAUGGAUGGACAGAUGGAUGGAUGGAUGGAUGAAAAGAUGAAUGGAUCAAUUGAUCGAUUGAUUGAUCGAUGGAUACAUG